AUGUCACCUUUCUUCGUCCCCGUUUUCUAUAGCGGUUGUAUUUUUUCUGUUGAAACAGACAUCGCCAUGCCCGCCUCCCUCACACUCCCUCACACGGCGGCUCUGGCGGUAACCCACGGGCUGCUUAGCAAAGCGUGCUCCAGGGAGACGCGUGCAUGCCUGCAGCCUGCACGAGGCUAUCGAGCGGCACCGUCACUUGGGCAGCUGAUCAGAGUGCAGAAACACCUGCCUGCAGCGCCCACCCCUCCAGAGCCGCCACGUGCGAGCAGCUACCGACGAGUUCCCACGACUCCGACCGAGCGGCCCUCAGCUCCGGCGGUCGGCGCCCUGCCGCUCCGCCCCGAGGCCCAGCCCCGCUCGGGCUGCCGGGCUGCGCCCUUCCCGUGCCAAAGCUGCGCCUCCGCCCGCACCCAAGUUGCGGUGCGGCGAGGCUUUUCGCCGAGCGGGUCGGCCCUCGCCGGAGCCCGAGGUGAGCCGAGCCGCAGGAAGGCGCGAGGUGGCAGGGCGGGAAGGCCGUCCCUCGGCGGGACAGAGCCGGGAGCGGCCUCCCACGGCUCCGGGGCCUCGCAGCCGCCUCCUCCAUCCCCGAGCGCCGGCCCGGCCGCCAUGGCAUCGUCCCCCCAGAAGUCCCCUUCUUCCCCCAAAUCUCCCACCCCGAAAUCGCCCCCGUCCAGAAAAAAGGAUGACUCCUUCCUGGGCAAGCUCGGCGGCACGCUGGCGAGGAGGAAAAAAGCCAAAGAAGUAUCUGAACUACAGGAAGAAGGAAUGAAUGCUAUUAACUUGCCUCUCAGUCCGAUUCCAUUCGAACUAGACCCUGAGGACACUAUGCUAGAGGAAAAUGAGGUCCGAACAAUGGUCGAUCCAAAUUCAAGAAAUGACCCAAAAUUACAAGAACUAAUGAAGGUAUUAAUAGACUGGAUUAAUGAUGUGUUGGUAGGAGAGAGGAUUAUUGUGAAAGACUUGGCUGAAGACUUGUACGAUGGACAAGUACUGCAGAAAUUAUUUGAGAAGCUUGAAAGUGAGAAGCUGAAUGUUGCUGAAGUUACUCAGUCUGAAAUUGCUCAGAAACAGAAGCUACAGACAGUCCUUGAGAAGAUCAAUGAAACGCUUAAGCUCCCGCCAAGAAGCAUUAAGUGGAGUGUUGACUCUGUUCAUGCUAAAAGUCUGGUAGCAAUACUUCAUCUUCUGGUUGCGUUAUCGCAGUACUUUCGAGCACCAAUCAGACUUCCAGAUCAUGUGUCCAUUCAGGUUGUUGUUGUGCAGAAACGAGAAGGAAUCCUCCAGUCUCGACAAGUCCAAGAGGAAAUAACUGGUAACACCGAGGCAUUUUCAGGAAGACAUGAAAGAGAUGCAUUUGACACGCUAUUUGACCAUGCUCCAGACAAGCUCAGCGUAGUAAAGAAGACUCUCAUCACAUUUGUGAACAAGCAUCUCAACAAAUUGAAUUUGGAGGUCACUGAACUGGAGACCCAGUUUGCAGAUGGUGUGUACUUAGUGCUGCUAAUGGGUCUCCUAGAAGGCUAUUUUGUUCCUCUCCACAGCUUUUUCUUGACUCCUGAUAGUUUUGAACAAAAGGUCCUCAAUGUGUCCUUUGCAUUUGAGCUAAUGCAGGAUGGUGGAUUGGAAAAACCAAAGCCUAGACCAGAAGAUAUUGUAAAUUGUGACUUGAAAUCUACACUGAGAGUACUAUAUAACUUGUUUACCAAAUACAGGAAUGUGGAGUGAAGAAUUCAUUUGGAACAUAAAGAAGUUUUAACAAAGAAAAUGUCAUAACUUGCGUAUUUUUCACCAAUAUUCCUCUGCAUCGUUAUCCUAGAAGGAACUAAACCAUUUAUCUGAAGAAUCUUUAAUUGACUACUCUUGCACAACUUUUUCCACAGUGGGUUUAAAGCUAAGACUACGUAAAACUAAUACAAAUUAUGGAAAAAAUUUGGAGGAAGGUAUUUGGAUAUCUUCUGGGAGAAUCUAUGUUUCAGUAAUAACUCCAUCUCUACAGUUUUGUAGUAGGUGGAGCAGCAAUGGAAAAAAAAAGAUUUAUUAACUUUAAUUCAGAUCAGCUGUCGAAGCCAAAUAUAGGAAGUUUCUAUACUAAGCACCUACUUCAGUGUUUAUGAAACAUGUCUUUUCCAAUCUGGGGGGAGGAAGAAUACUUUUCUGUCCAUGAUAAAAUGAAUGCGUUGAAAUUCUAAAAAAUGUGCAUAUGGAGAAACAGUAAAAUACUCUUCUUCACAUGAAAGCUGAAAAGAAUAGACUUUCUCAAGUACUUAACCUGAAUAAUUUGUAUUUUCAGUGCAGUUAGGCUUGAAUUCUAUGGGUACAAACUGAAGUGGCUACUUUUUCCUUCAGUCUUAUUAAAAUGUGAUGCUCUUCUAUAAAUAUAUAGUACUGAGCAUUCCUCCUAAGUAUGCUUUGCAGCUUGUUCACUUAGUUUUGUUCAUGAAGGAGAUCUUUUUUUAUUGUUGUUUUUUUCCCCAAGUACACAUUUUCAGGAAAGCACACCUGUAUAUGAUACAGUUUCCCUGUAGUAUUUGUUUUAUUAGCAUAGAAAUGCUAGAAAGUUGGCUUAUUUUUCUUUUUUCAACUUUUAAUAGUUGGAACAUGGAAUUGUCACAUCGUAAGUUUAGAUUUAUUAUUAAAUAGAUUUUAGAAUCUAUCCCUUUGGUUGAUGUUAUGGUGAAUGGAUUUUGUUGCCUAAUGUCCAGCAUAAAGAAUAAUAUUUAUUUUCCAGAAACAUUCCUCUACCCUUUCAGAUAUAAAAACGCUGCUUUCAUGGAGGUUGCUCUGAAAGUAAUGUCUCCUAUUUAUUUCCAUGAAAACUACAACCAGUACAAAGAGCACAAUAACAGAAUCACAGAAUCUCAGUGUUGGAAGGGAUCUUGAGAGAUCAUCAAGUCUAACCUUGCUGCUAAAGCAGGUACCCUACAAUAGGUUGCACAGGUAGGCAUCCAUGACACUAUUUGACAGAGAAAAUUCUCAGCUACCAAACUCUACUUUUCAUCAUAGUCACCACAAUUAACUGUGCAUUUUUACCUGCAAUGAACACGAGCCUGCAUGCUGUCCUUGUGAAAAUCUGCACCAGUGGAGCUGACCCACUGUACCACAGCAAGUGUCAUGGUGUCAUUGCUAAGAAAAUGUUGCCCAUGCAAUCCAUCUGUCAUCGGCUUGAACAGGUGGAAGUCAGAAAGCACCAAAUCCAGGCUGUAUGGUGGCUGUGGUAGGACGGCCCAGCCAAUAUUGGCAAUGUAUUCCACAGUCUUCAGACUGAUACGGUGUCCAGAGUUGUCAUGUUGCAAGAGAAAGGUUGCCAACUUCUCUGGCCUAGCUCUGGAUGUUCGAGCCUUCAGCUGAGUCAGUGUUGUGAUGUGGCUGUCAGAGCUGACUGUUUGUUCGAGUUCCAAGAAAUCAGGAAGACUCACCCCUUUCCUACCCCAGAAGACGCUGCACAUCACUUGACCCGUGUGAACUUUUUCAUCGAUGGGGAAUUCACAUGUUGCUACUUCAUGGAGUGCUGUUUUGACUCUGGCUUAUAGUGGUGACACCAAAUCUUGUCACUGAUAACGAUGCGAUCCAAGAAACUAAUCCCCUUCAGCCUCAUACUGGUUCACUAGAUCCAGACAAUAUUGUAAGCAGUGUUCUUUCUGUUCCUCUGUGAGCAUUUAUAGGGUCUAGCUGGCACACACUUGGUGAUACUCUAAUGUUGCCAUCAUCAUUUUCAAUGUGUUGAAGCCAGCAUUCAUCUCUGUACACAGUUUUGUGGUCAUAAUCUGCUGACUCUCGUGGAUGAGGUGACUGGGACACAAGCACAGUGAGUGACAAUUGGUGCUGGCUUUUUCCACACGGAAGAAUUCAGUUCCCCCCCACUGCUUCAUCCAUGCUUCCAUGUCAGAUGCCAUUUUGUCAGACUGCCCCUGUGCUGCUAUCCGUCUCACACACGAAAAUGUAAUGGCAUAUUGGUGGGAACCUCUACUUCAACCUCUACUGCCAUCCCAUCAUCAUCUGCCUUUGAUGUUGUGGGCCAACAUAAUAAACUAGGAGGCAUUACUUUUGGAACAACCUUUGUAGAUCAAAACCACUCACAUCUGCAAAUACUGCUGCAGCGUAAGGUCGGUUGGUCAUUUUUUGUGUCUAUAAAGAAUACUUUUGUUGUUGGUUUGUUUUGUUUUUUUUAAAUCAUGACCAACGAUAAGCUGUUAUCUGUUUGGUUUCAGUUUAUCAAAGACUGAAAAGAGAAAUGAGAAUUAAUUCUUCCCUUAGACUGCUAUCAAGCAUCAGUUAUGUUUCUAGGAAGAAGCUCUAGAGGCUGCCUGACACUAGUAUAAAUUAUCAAAACUGCUGAGAAGUAAACUAAGCAUAUAUUAGAUGUCUUUAUGUCAGUUUUAGAUACCUUCUUAAGUGAAGUGUUCCAGCGCACCACAGUUUCUUGGGAUACUGGCUUACACACUAAGGAAAAAAAAAGUCCUGAUGCAAAAAGUAUUGGAAAUUUGUGUAUUGUAGAAAGGAAACUUUUGCAAGUCAUCCAUUUAUGGCAGAACUGCUGUAGGUGAAAGGCAGGCAAUCUAUCAACUCUUGAGGUUGUUCGUCUGAAGAAAUGCAGUACUGUCAGCUACAGUUAUUAACAUCUGAAUGUUGAUUACUGUACAAACCAUAAUAUUUUUUUCAAUUUUCAGGGUUUUUUUUUUUUUCUUUUUUUUUUUUUUUUUUUAAUUAGCGCUUUCCAGUGCAACAUCAACUUAAAAGGAAGACAACAAUUAUAUUCUGCCUUUGGUGAAUAAUUGAUAACAGUCAAUAACAAUAUUGACUGUGCCGGAGGGCCACAGAAAUUAUUCUGUGAAUAAAUAAAUCUCCACAAGUAUCAGCUUUUGCAAAGGAGAGUCAGUAUUUGGCUCAAAGGAUAAUACCUGGAUAUUCUCUGAAUUCAGAAAUUGCGUUCUAAAAGUAUUCAUCAAAAUAUUUGGUUACCUCUAUGUUUUUUAAC